GAAUCUGUUGGGCUUAGAGAUGAGUUCUAGGCAUUCGUAACGCCAUCGAACGCCCUGAAGAUGCCUGCAAUCAUAAUCGAAUGCUUUCCUUUGAUGUGCAUACGAAUUCCUAGCAGUACGAGUACAGUCCGUAUUUACGAUGACCAACAGCUCGAAAUUCCACCAAUCACACACGCCGUCACCUCGUUGAGGCACUUUGUUUAUCGAUGUUGCUCGCAAUCACAGGCUUUUGUCUCAGAAUGCUGAUUAUAGGACUGAUUAAUGCACGGG